AUGGCGGAGUCCAGCUCGAGUGGCGAAGCUCACUCCAGCCGGUCCACGAAGCGCGGCUAUGACCGUCUCAACGCCGCGGAGGAGGACGCCAACGGCAACAGCAGCCCGGCGCCCCUCCGAGCUUCCCACGCCUCCGCCACGCCUGCCACCACCCCCAGCGAGGCAGGCGGCGCCCUCACCCCUACCACGCCCAGCACGGACAUGGACGUGGGCUCCAGCGGCAGUCCCUCCCUUCUCGAGUCAUCGGACUGCGACCACUACAUGACUCACUCUGACUCCAGCGACUCGUCCUCUGAUGAUGACGACGAGGCGCUGACCUGCAACGUGUGUGACCGCGCCUUCCCCACCUCGCGGCUCCUGGCCUCCCACCAGACCAGGAAGAGGCACUACGGAUGCUCCACCUGUGAGAACGUGUUUCCGACCCUCAUGUCCCUGGAGGCCCACAAGGAGUGAGACCAACCACUGGUCAGACGACGACCUCUUCCUUGACGACGACCGAUGACGACGACGACGACGACUUGGACGAAUUCUACGACGACGAAAGUGAACGAAGAGGAGCGCGAGAAGCUGCUAUAGUUCUCCGCUCUACGUACACAAAACUUAGCGUAGCACAGGAGACACUGGUACAUCAUAUAACAACACAAUAGCUAAACAAAAGAAUGCAUAUGUAUAUACCCAUCUAUUUUUCUUCCCUUCAAACUCCAAUGGCGAUGGAAACUUGAAACUAACUCGAAACUUGAAACUAAAAAACUCUGUCUUUCCCAACGCCGGACUGCCUCAGUUUCUCCUCCGGCCAGAUCAAAGCGAAACACCAAAUUUUUAAGGGAAGCUCCUCUGUUCUUCUGUACUUCGAGGGAGAGAAAGAGAGAGUGAGAGAGAGAGAGAGAGACGCGGUAUAGAUGUCGCCUGCGUUGAUAGGUGAAGGAGGACCAAGUGGUUGCCAUUAACUCCCCUUGCGCCGGUACUAAAAGUUCCCCUAGCCUCCCUUCUUCCUCCCCUGGUUCUACAGAAGGGAUGUAUUAGGUAGGAUACUAUAGAUAGGACAAGCCAGGGGUAAGGAUGCGUUUCUAUUCUAUAUUUUCUAUCUUUCAAGGCGUCUCUCCUAAAUCAAGGGUGUGUGUGUGCGUGUGUGUGUGGGAGUGUGGAUACAGAACACUAGUCACUGUAAAGUAUCAAAUUGUAUAACUUUAUGAGUAUAAUUAAAAUAGUGAAGUAGU